AUGGUGUGGGAAGCUAUCGCUAAGCGGAAGCAGGAAUCCAUCCUCGGUGGGAUCCCACCAAAGUGGAGAGACGCUGGAAUUGCUGAGAAAAUGCAGCUUGCCGGGGAGACAAAUACGAAACUUUUUUUGGAUGCCGUUCUUCCCGAGGAUGAAAAUGCCAUCACCAGUCUUUCCUUGGUGGAUCUCCAGGGGAAGAUCGCAGCAGGUGAAUUAUCAGCGUUAGAGGUUACCACAGCAUACUGCCAUAGGGCAGCUCUAGCUCAUCAAAUUGUCAAUUGCUGCUCGGAUAUCUUCUUUGACGAGGCUUUCGAAAGGGCCAAAAAACUAGAUCGAGUGUUUGCCAAAGACGGGAUAGUAGGUCCGCUUCACGGUAUCCCCAUCUCCUUGAAAGAUCAGGUGGACUUGACGGGCAAGGAUUCCACCUUGGGGUACGUCUCGUUGGCUGGUAAGCCCAAAGCCAAAAACGCCCUUAUCGCUGAUCAAUUGCUCGAAGCGGGUGCUGUCUUUUACGUGAAAACAGCUGUCCCCAGCUCCCUUAUGGCCUCUGAGACAUACUCCAAUCUCAUUGGCUACACUACAAAUUCCUUGCAUCUGGACUUCUCGGCAGGCGGCUCGUCAGGUGGUGAAGGGUCCUUGAUCGCCGCUGGAGCCUCACCGUGUGGUUUAGGCACGGAUAUUGGCGGCAGCAUCAGGAUCCCUUCCUGCUUCCAGGGCUUGUAUGCGUUGAAACCGGCCACCGGGCGCUUUUCGUAUAUGAACGUCACCAACGCCUCGAGUGGCCAGGAGUGUGUAGUUUCGGCAAUCGGCCCGAUGGCCCGCUCUCUCGAGGAUGUGAAGUACGUUUCUAAAGUUUUGGUUGGGAUGGCGGGGUGGAACUUGGAUCCCAAGGUGCUUGCUGUUCCGUGGAGGGAGGAGGCUCAGAGACACUUUACUAUUGGCAUCUGGCAUGCCUGUUCUGAGCUCAGACCUCAACCUCCAGUGACCAGGGCUCUUGAAGAGACAAAAGCAGCUUUGCAAGAAGCAGGCCAUGAGGUGGUGGAUAUUGAAAUCCCCAUGCUGUUGAAGGCCAUGGCCACGGCCACAAAAGUAUAUGUUGCGGACGCUGGAAAAGAGGCUUAUGGGGAAUGCAGCAAAACGGGUGAGCCGUUCAUAAAAGCCGCUGUGGACUGUGUGCCAUGGGAUCUUUUUGGUAAACCUUUGGACACCAGUGCAUGGUGGGAUUUGUGCAAUGAAGCGUACGCAAUCAAGCAGGAGUUCUACUCUCACUGGCAGAAUACUGCUCAGUUGACUGUGUCUGGAAAGCCUAUAGAUGCUAUCGUGUGCCCCAUUUGGCCUGUUCCGGCUGUGCUCAAAUACGGCCCCAGCACUGAAAAUUACACAGUGCCUUUUAACCUUUUUGACUGUGCUAGUACCGUUGUUCCUGUUGGUGAAGUGGACAAGCUGAGAGAUGUCAAGGAUCCGUCGUUUGUGGCCAGAAACGACGCCGAACAGAGCGUUUACGAUAUGUACGAUCCGGAAAAGUUCCAUAAAUUGCCUGUUUGCCUUCAGGUGGUGACCAAAAAGCUCGAGGAGGAGAAAUCGCUAGCUGUGGCGGAGGCCUUAGAUCAGGCAGUACACGCCUCUCGCCACAUCUUGGCUAGAGUGCACUUGUGCCUGGUUUUUCUUGACCCUACAGAUCUCCAUCUUUUUGACGAUUCGAAGACCAUGAGGAAACUGGUGCUAAUCCGCUGUGUUCCGUUGGCCCUAGUGGUGGCUUUGACCAUCCUGUUCGUUUUGAACAUCGCCGUGUUUCAGGGAAACCGGGAACAUCGGACACUUACAGAUCCGCUCGGUAAGAUACUCGAGCAUAAUAAGGUGCCGAAAGAACAACGGUGCCAGGAUUAUUUUACACAUUUGGCCAGCUCGCUAGAUAGAGACGCCUUGUUGGAGAAGUCGACGCCGAGGAAGCAGUGGAUCCGGACUUUUGUGGGGCAUCUCCGAGCCUAUGGAGCUUGUUUCCUAGAAAGCAAUGUGAAGGUGAAGAAUGGCAUUGAGGAUGUGGAAAGGAAGCUUUUUCCGCUUUUUUCAGGGAAAAUGCCUGUGGUGACAAAGUGGGACGGUACAGUUGUGCCAGGACCAGAAAAGAAGGGUUCCUCUUUCUGGGGAAGAGUGAAAAACGGCUUUUCCAAGAAAGGAAUCGUCUUCAGCAUGAGCGACGCCGGGGUCGACGAAGCAAAACGGCUCCUCAGGGUGCUCCGGUUUCUAGAAAACGAUUUGUCCAUUCAAAUGGUGCACAAGGGCGAUCUUUCGCCAGAUUCGAUACAGAAGCUUGUUGAGGUUGCUCGAGCUGAGGUGGACUUUGAGUAUGCCAAAUCGUCGCUUUAUCCACCCCAGGAUGUCUAUUUUGUGGAUGCAAGUAGGGCUCUUGCUGACGGCGCCUCCAAGUACUUUCGUCGUUUUUCGAACAAGUGGGUAGCCUCCUUGUUCAACACCUUUGACGAGAUGGUGCUUAUGGACACAGAUGUGGUGCCUUUUGUGAAGCCAAGAACGCUUUUCACUUACAAGGAAUACCUGAAACACGGAGCCUACUUCUUCAGAGACAGACUCAGCAGCGAACGCACCUGGACCACUCCUAUGGGUUUCUUCAGAAGCCUCCAUCCCUCCUUAGAGGAGCAACGAGCAUUUGAUAUUCAUGACUAUACCGAUGUCGCUGAAGCCACGGGCUUUUUCCAGUCGAAAUCAAAACACGUCAUGGAAAGCGGCAUGGUGGUGAUGAAAAGAUCAACACAUUUGACCGGUUUGCUUAUUUCCACGGCUUUACAGUUUUGGCACGAAACCAGUGGGCCUUUCUAUGGUGAUAAAGAGCUUUUCUGGCUUGGACAGAUUUACGCUGGUCGGGCUCUAUUUACAUUUAAUGAGCAGCCAGCUGCUGGUAUAGGAGAGCUUCACGAGACGAAAAAGUCCUGGGAAGUUUGCUCAACCCAGCCUGCUCAUUUUGAUUCUGAACACAGGCUUCUUUGGAUAAAUGGCGGGCUACAAAAGUGCAAAAAAGGAUAUUAUCAAAAAGACUUUGAAGCCCUCAAGUCGCUUAGAGAAAAGUACAAGACGCCAGAAGCUUUGCAUGACCAUUACCGAUCUCCAUCCAAGAUAAAUGGGGCUAUCAUCCCAAAACUGAAGCUGGGCUUCGUUCAGGAUAAAACAAAAGGAUGCAUCGGAUACGUAUGGUGUGCCUCGGUUCCCAAAAAUGAAGAAACUAAUGCCGUGGUGAGGUUUAGCCAGGAGCAGACAACUUUAAUUGAGCAUAUAGAACAGUUGUGGUACGGCGACGACUACAAAAAGUACAUAUAG